GUGGAAUAUUUAAUGUGACGUAAUUGGAGUCUCGAAUAGGUCAAUAAUUCAUAAUGACGUUGAUUUUGAUUCAUUAUUAUUUUUUAAAGAAAGAAACAGCCUGCAUGGCAGCUUUGUGUUAUUACAGUAAACAUUGUAACAUUUUCUCGUUCACCUGGUUGCUCUUUUAUACCACUUUUUAUGUUGUUUUUUUUAUCCUAUUUUUAGAACGUGCCGUGGGGCUGUUAAAAAGUGACCUGCGGGCCGCAAAUGGCCCCCGGGCCGCACUUUGGACACCCCUGAUCUAAAACAAUUAUUUGGGAAUGUCCGGCGGGCCAGAUUGAAAAGCAUAACGGGCCGCAUGUGGCCCCCGGGCCUUAAUUUGCCCAGGUCUGAUCUAAGGUGUCAGAUCAGUUGAGAGGAAUGAACAAAUGAGAGGCUCAUACACAGCUGUGGGCCACAGCUCCUGGAGAGGGUCUCGCCCAGGGCGCUACAGAAACUAUAACCGCCCCUGACCACAACACCACAAUAGCCGUGACUUGUCACCUGAUCCCAGCUCAGUUAUCACUUUUAGGGAGAGACUUUGGACCUAUAACCUUUAGUGCUUUCCACCACGUAAACGUCACAACGGCAAAGGAGGCAUUUGGCUAAAGUCUGUGUAACAGACUGGAAACGCAAGCAUGAAACUUGCACAUAAUUUUCUACAAUGCAGAUUCAUUAAUAUUUACCUUUAUUCUACCACCUCGCCCUUGUUCCAAAAUACUGGUGCUUUGAUGACGUCAUGAUAUCUGUUUCAUGCCAAGUGUGCCGCUAGAUGGGUGGAACGAACCAUUUUUGCAUGUUUGAUAAGAGGUACAUACAUUUGUUAAUUUGAUUCAAGCGUCAUUAUUAAACUUUCACGGUUAUGUUUAUUUCAUAUUAACGUUCAAGACGUCUUUUUUCAUAAUUCACAUACUUAAAAUGGCAGGAUAAAAAACGUCCACUUCCUCUGGCGAUAAAUAUUUAGCAUUUUGUUUUUAUUGAGCCGCAACUGUACAUUUUAAUUUCUUUAAUGGUUUCCCACUACACAAUCCCAUUUUCUUUUUUCUUGAAAUCAUUUCAGUUGUUUUAGGUUCGAACGAACAUUGAAUGCCAAACAAUCGCUUCACCGCAUAAAUUAGUUGGGGUACUGGCCCCGAGGCCGCCCAUCGGGACUCCAUUCCCCACAAUGCAAUUCGACGUCAUCUUAUAUUUGGCCGCGACUGCCAGCUUGUGUGCGUGUACCAAUAUGUGGUGGGUGGCUGGUGAGACUUUACAUUUUAAUUUCAUAAAUGGUUUCCCACCACAAACACUCUCGUUUAGUUUUUCCUUGAAAUUGUUUCAGUUGUUCUAGGUUCGAACGAACAUUGAAUUUUAAACAAUCGCUUUACCGCACAAAAUAUUUGGGGUACUGGCCACUAGGCCGCCCUUCGGGACUACAUUCCCCACAAUGCAAUUCGACAUCUGCCGCGUCGCCUACCUUGAGGCUUUUGUUUUUGACGUGUGAACAUGGAUUUUCCCUUAAGUGAACGUUUUUUAAGUCUUUUUAAGCAGUUUGUGAGACAAAAAUGGAAUAUAAGUGGAACCACAACACGCGUGUCGCGGAGAGACACGAAAACGGAAGUAAGAAGCCCUCACUACCACAACAUACAUGUUUGGAAACCAGUGAGCCUCAGGAGGUGUUUUCCUUUUUUCCGCUGACAUAAGCAUCGGUUGUUCUCUUCCGUACUUUGUGGGUGAAAAGAAAGGAAGUACUUUUGGUCACGGGUUCCCUAAACCACUCAUAAUCACAGCUUGAUUAUUCAUCUUUGCAUCCGAGGCGUGUACAUGGCAAAUAUCGUUAAAUAGUCGAGGACAUUUCGUGGAUGCUCAGUGCCGAGGUUUCUUUUUUUUGUUUGUCAUUGAAUGCAACAUUUUUGUAUUUGUAAAUACGAGGACGAAAGCUCUUACAAAUAAAUAAAACCACUUUUAUCAGCGGUCCAAGUCAUCAUGGAGCAGAAUGUGCCCGCCGAGAGGACCUUGUCGGUGUGCAGGCGUUUGUGUUACGCUUCAGGACAUUUUUUAAAUGACUUGUGCGCCUCAAUGUGGUUCACCUACAUGCUGGUCUACCUGCACUCCGUGCUGGGCAUGCAGAGCACCUUUGCAGGUGUGCUGCUGCUUGUUGGCCAGGUAGCAGAUGGACUGUGCACGCCUCUGAUCGGCUAUGAAUCUGACAAAUCCUCCGGCAGGAGACAUGGGAAGAGGAAAAGCUGGCAUUUGCUGGGGACGGUUUGUGUUCUUCUCUCUUUCCCCUUCAUUUUCAACCCCUGCCUGGCUUGCUCCACCAACACCCCCCAGUGGGCUGAGAUCGUUUACUUCGUCCCCUUCAUCAUCAUCUUCCAGUUUGGAUGGGCGGCCACUCAGAUCUCACACCUGUCCCUCAUUCCGGAGCUAGUGUCUUGUGAGAGCGCCAAGGUGGAGCUCACCGCGUACAGGUACGCCUUCACUGUGGUGGCCAACAUCACUGUUUACACUAUCGCCUGGCUGCUCUUUCAUUUCCAGGCUCAACAAGACAUUGACAUAACAGACAACCUAAGCCGGGCCGACAUCCCCCUGUUUAGGAUGCUGGCUUUCAUCGUACUGGCCAUUGGAGCAGUGUUCUCCAUCAUAUUCCACGCUGGCACGAAAGAGGCGUCAGCAACAGAGGAAGAAGAUCCGCUGCUUGCUCCUUCCCCUUCUGAUGAUAAUGAAGAAGCUUCGCCUCGUCGAAUGUUCCAGUGGAGACAUUGGCUAAAAGAGCCUUCUUUCUAUCAGGUGGCCUUUCUUUACAUGUGCACAAGACUGAUAGUCAACCUGUCCCAGUCCUACAUCUCGGUUUACCUCACCAACUCUCUGAUGCUACGUAAGGACUUCAUUGCCAUUAUACCGCUGGUGAUGUACAUCAGCGGAUUUGUGAGCUCGCUGGCAAUGAAGCCGAUUAGCAAGCUUGUAGACAUCAGUAUGAUUUAUUUUGCCGGCCUGCUGCUGGUGAUCAGCUUUGCCGCCUGGGUGAUUUUGGACCAGAACAUGGGCGCUGACAGCAUCUAUGGCGCGGCGGUGCUGCUGGGAGCAGGGUCAGCUAUCAUCCUAGUCAUGUCGCUGUCCAUGACCGCCAAACUCAUCGGGGAGCAUACGCAAAGUGGAGCUUUUGUUUAUGGCUCAAUGAGCUUCACAGACAAGGUGGCCAAUGGCGUGGGAGUCAUUGUCAUCCAGAGCAUCAGACCAUGCAGCACAGAGACAUGCUGCCCAGCGUGUAUAUGGUUUUAUCGUGACGUCAUGGUAAUAGUAACAGGGGGCGUGGCCUUGGCUGCAACAGGUUGCCUGUUAACCAUUCUCAUCUGGCCAAUCAAGACCAGGAAAACUGAGUGACACUAAUACAUUAUUAAUAUUAUUGAAUUCUGCCGCUAUGGAUUUAAAAUCAUUCCAAAUGAUAUGUGGAAGUGUGUGUGACAUCUUUAUGGAUGACUUUAUACAAAACGUGACAUUUGCGCACAGUUUACUUUGCUUUAUUUGUCUUUUUUUUAAUGUGCAUUCUUAUUUUGACAGUGAAAUGAUGUGUUGUAUGCUGUAUAACAUAAGGUCAAACCUCAAUUAAUGUAUGUAAACCACUUACCUUUGAAGUUGUAAAGAUGAAAAACAGAAUAUGUAUUUUAUUUACUCAGAACCUGACUUGCUGCAAUGUGCAAUUGAACACACUAAAGGCCCAAAAAUAAAAACUGUGAUUACAGUGUGACUGUA